GACACCUGUGGCUUUUCCGCGAUGCAGGGACCAACGAUGGACUCCUGGUCAACCAGCAGGAGCUGUUCGAGGUGGCCCCAAACGUCACCAAUGCUGACAUCACACUGCCAGUGUUCUCCCUGAAGGAGAGGUGUCUGCAGGUGGUGCGCAGCCUGGUCAGCCCCACAGACUACAGGAAGCUGGACAUUGUGCAGUCCUUGUAUGCAGAGCUGGAGGAUCACCCUGACAUCUCGAAGGAUCUUCAGCGGCUUUCCCUGGAGAGGAGCGAAGCACUGAGGAAUGGAGUUCUGAAGUAA